CCUCCUAUAAGAAUGAUAAAUCAAUAGCCAUCGUUUUCUAUCCUUAUUCACAUCCACUUCAACACCAAGACAAUCAAUGGCUUCACGCGAGAGGACUAAAGCCACAACAACCAUCAUCACUCUACUCUUCUCUAUCUCUCUUUCUCUUAUCUUCUCCUUAGCUUCAUCGUCAGAACCAGCACCAGUUGGUUAUGGCUACACCAUCUCAACUGUUAACAGUUAUCCCAUAAAGAACUCUUUAACUGCAAACCUUAAUCUCAUCAAACCCUCCUCUGUUUUCGGACCCGACAUUCCGCAUCUCUCCCUCGCUGCCAGUUUUGAGAACAAGGAUAGGUUGAGAGUAAGAAUCACUGACUCCAACCACCAAAGAUGGGAAAUUCCACAACAAGUCAUUCCAAGAGACUCUUCUUCCCAAUAUUACCCUCUUCGCUCCCUCAAUAGCCAACAAGGUUCCCAACACUCUCUCACUCUCACACAUCCAGACUCAGACCUUAUCUUCACUCUCCACAACACCACCCCAUUUGGUUUCACGGUCUUACGCAAAUCCUCCAACGAUGUCCUCUUCAACGCAGCACCUGACCCUUCCAACCCCCAAACUUUUCUUGUUUUCAAAGAUCAGUAUUUGCAACUCUCUUCCUCUCUUCCACCACAAAGGGCAUCUCUAUAUGGUCUCGGGGAGCACACAAAGAGGUCCUUCAAGCUGCAACCGAAUGAGACCCUCACGCUGUGGAAUGCAGACAUAGCAAGUGCCAACGUGGAUGUGAACCUUUAUGGCUCUCACCCUUUUUACUUGGACGUGAGAUCACCCUCCGAUGAUGGAAGAGUGAAGGCUGGCACCACACAUGGGGUGUUGUUACUUAACAGCAAUGGAAUGGACAUUGUCUAUGCCGGUGAUCGCAUUACUUAUAAGGUCAUUGGUGGGGUCUUUGAUUUGUAUUUCUUCGCUGGAUCCUCUCCUCAACUGGUGUUGGAGCAGUACACUGAAUUCAUUGGCAAGCCUGCUCCCAUGCCUUAUUGGUCCUUUGGUUUUCAUCAGUGUCGCUAUGGCUACAAGAAUGUAAGUGAUCUCCAGGGUGUGGUUGCCAACUAUGCAAAAGCAGGUAUACCCCUUGAAGUUAUGUGGACGGAUAUUGAUUACAUGGAUGCAUAUAAAGAUUUCACAUUUGAUCCCAUCAACUUUCCACUGGAUAAGAUGAGAAGUUUUGUUAGUACUCUUCACCAAAAUGGUCAGAAAUAUGUGCUUAUCUUGGAUCCAGGUAUCAGUGUAAAUGAGACAUAUGCAACCUAUGUUAGAGGUUUGAAGGCUGAUGUCUACAUAAAGAGAAAUGGAGUUAAUUAUCUUGGUAAAGUUUGGCCGGGACCAGUUUAUUACCCUGAUUUUUUAAAUCCUCGCAGCCAAGCUUUUUGGGGCGGGGAAAUCAAAUUAUUUAGGGAUCUUCUCCCUUUUGAUGGUCUUUGGAUUGACAUGAAUGAGUUAUCUAAUUUCAUCACUUCUCCUCCCAUUCCAUCUUCUAGUCUUGAUAACCCUCCCUAUAAAAUUAACAAUAAUGGAGUUCUACAAUCCAUUAAUGACAGAACAGUCCCGGCAACAUCUUUACACUUUGGUAAUAUCACCGAGUAUAAUGCCCACAAUUUGUAUGGACUACUAGAAUCCAAAGCAACUAACAAGGCAUUGGUGGAUGUAACUGGUAAAAGGCCAUUUGUCCUAAGUAGAUCUACUUUUGUAAGUUCUGGUAAGUAUACUGCACACUGGACCGGAGAUAAUGCUGCUACAUGGAAUGAUUUGGCAUACUCAAUUCCAUCGAUAUUAAAUUCUGGGAUCUUUGGAAUUCCAAUGGUUGGAGCAGAUAUAUGUGGUUUUGGAGGAAAUACAACUGAAGAACUUUGCCGGCGUUGGAUCCAGUUGGGGGCUUUUUAUCCUUUUGCAAGAGAUCAUUCAGAAAUAAACUCCAUCAGGCAAGAGCUUUACAUUUGGGAUUCAGUUGCAGCAUCAGCUAGGAAAGUGCUUGGGCUUCGUUACCGUCUUCUCCCUUACUUAUACACACUAAUGUAUGAAGCACAUACAAAAGGGACACCCAUUGCACGACCCCUUUUCUUUUCUUUCCCUGAGGAUGUCGCAACAUAUGAAAUAAACUCACAGUUUCUAUUAGGUAAAGGGGUUCUGGUGUCACCUGUGCUACAAUCUGGGGCAACCACUGUUGAUGCAUACUUUCCCAAAGGAACCUGGUUUGACCUCUUCAAUGUCUCAAAUUCAGUGAAUGCAGAAUCAGGCAAGCAUGUCAUUCUUGAUGCUCCAUCUGAUCACAUAAAUGUGCAUGUUGGGGAGGGUAAUAUUUUGGCCUUGCAAGGUGAAGCAAUGACAACUGAAGCUGCUAGGAACACUUCAUUUGAACUUGUGGUGGUAAUCAGUAGCAGCAGAAAUAGUUAUGGACAAGUGUAUUUGGAUGAUGGGGUGGCACUUGACAUAUCAGGGGUGAACGAUCAGUGGACAUUGGUAAACUUUUAUGGCGCAUUACACAACAAAAGUGUUUUUGUUACAUCUAAGGUUACUAAUGGAAGAUUUGCUCUGGACCAAAGGUGGAUCAUAGACAAGGUAACUUUCUUGGGUAUACCUACGCAUAGGAGUUUUAAUAGAAUGGAUUUGGCAGGGAAUGAGUUGAAUAUUGUGAAUGGAACAAGUUCAACGAGGAAUGCAGUUGUGAAGUCACAAUUUGAUAGCUCCUCUAAGUUUGUUAAUGUACAAGUCUCAAAAUUGUCGCUUCUUAUCGGAGAGGAAUUCAAGCUGGAUAUUGAAAUCAGGUAGACCUGUAGAAGGGUACUUUAGGACAGCAAAUCCACACUAAGAAUUUGUGCUUUCUUCAUGGUUGCAUCGUUGAGGCCCUUCAUUUUACCACUGCUAAGGUUGCUAUUCAGGAUGUCAUUUUAUCAAACCACACCAACAUUCAUAAAAUGUUAUCUUUUGUAUCAAAUAAAUGUUACAGAAUAGUCUCAACAUGGCUAUGAAGCUCAAACAUGAGAAUCUGCCUAUCAAUAAUUGGGGCGACUAUUACCUAGUACUGGUGGUUGCUUAUAAUUUAUGCCAUCAAAUUAGCAGUUACCUUUAUUUGA